GUAUAAAGAAAGGGGUGGACAUCACCACUGUGAUGUUCAGUGUGUCCAAGAACACUUGUUUCCUCUGAUAAAUGUAUAUUUCUUGUUGUAAAAAAGGACAUAUAGAAGAAAGUCAAAUAGGUGCCAUCUGGCUUUCCCCAUCCACGUGCAUUUUUGUCUAUUCUUUCCUCCGGUCUUGGCUGUAUGCUAGUCACAUGACUAGGCUGGGGCGGCUAACCUUUCAACCGCGGAGAGUGUUGCAGCGAGCUGUCAACAUUUAAUUCAUAAACUACACCGUUAACAGGUUUACAUUGUGAUAUUUUCUUCCUCAGGCUUUCUCCUGUCAUAAUGGAGCGGAUGAGGGGUGGGCGUCACACCCAGUUGGGCGUGGCAUGAGACAGACACACACCCUGGGUGUCUCUGUUACCAUCCUGCGUCCACCCCCACCAAAAUGGCCUCCAGCUACCCACCCCCCUUCGAAGGCACAGGGGAGGUGAAGGAGGGCUUCCUGUGCCCGCUGUGCCUGAAGGACCUGCAGUCGUUCUACCAGCUCCAGGAACACUACGAGGAGGAGCACUCUGGGGACGAUCGACAUGUCAGGGGACAACUCAAGAGUCUGGUCCAGAAGGCUAAGAAAGCCAAAGACAAGCUGCUGAAGAGGGAUGGUGAAGACAAGCCAGAGACGGGCAGUUAUGAGUCCUUCUACUACGGCGGAGUGGACCCUUACAUGUGGGAGCCUCAGGAGUUGGGAGCCACAAGAAAUCAUAUGGACUUUUUUAAGAAGCACAGAGCUGCCCGGAUUGACCACUAUGUCAUCGAGGUCAACAAGCUCAUUAUCAGGCUGGAGAAACUGACAGCUUUUGACAGGAUGAACAUAGAUGCAGGCAAAAUUAGAGCGAUUGAGAAGUCUGUUGUGGCGUGGGUGAGCGACUCUGAUGUUCCGUUCUGUCCCGACUGCGGGAACAAGUUCAACCUUCGGAACAGGCGACACCACUGCCGCCUCUGUGGCUCCAUCAUGUGUAGGAAGUGCAUGGAGUUUGUGCCCCUGCCUUUGGCUUACAAGCUGACCAGUGGGACUCGGGAGGCCCGUAGUGUUACGGGCAGCCAGUCCCAGUCCCCUCCAACAGGUGGUGGGGGCAAUGUCAGCGGGAUGGGCUCCAGGAGGGGCAGCAUCAGCAGCCUGAGCAGCGUCACCUCAAUGCUGGAAGAGAAGGAUGACGAGAGGAUCCGCUGCUGCCUCCACUGCAUGGACACCCUGAUGAAGAGACAGCAGAAACUGGAGGAGAAAGACCACGUGCCUGACAUCGUCAAGCUCUACGAGAGGCUGAGACUGUGCAUGAACAAGGUGGACGAGAGGGCUCCAGAGUAUAUCAGAAUGGCUGAGUCUCUCAAUGCUGGAGAGACCACCUAUAACCUGGACACGGCUGGUGGACUGAGAAUGGAAGUCCAGAAAUACUACGAACUGAUCGAUGCACUGAGUAAGAAGAUCUUAACACUGGGAAUGAAGGAAGAGCCACAACCCCAUCAAAAGACUCUCCAGCUGCAGAGGAUGGUCAGAUACACAGCCACACUGUUUGUCCAGGAGAAGUUGCUGGGUCUGAUGUCUCUACCCACUAAGGACAAGUAUGAGGCCCUAAAGGAGAAGAGGAAGCAGGAGCAGGAGAAGAGGCUCACGCAGGAGAGACUAAUUGCCCAGGAGGCUCAGAAAAGGAGGCAGGACUCUGAGAAGAACCGCCCAGCUGCCAGCACCAAUGGGGAGGCUCCCCAAGCCCCCAGGGCCCCCCGCAUGACCAAAGCUGGGGGAUGGCUGCCCUCUUCCGAUACCCUCCACACGUGCGGGGAGCUGGAGGACCCCCUGCUGCAGCAGAUAGACAACAUCCAGUCAUUCCUGCGGCAGGCCAAGGCCGCCCAGAGGCAUGACGAAGUGGCCAUGCUGGAGGAGAACCUCAGACAGCUGCAGGAUGAGUACGACCAGCAGCAGACCAGCUUGGCCAUCGCUCUGUCCCAGAGGUUGGCGCAGGAGGAGAGUCUACAGCAGGACGAGCUGCAACGCCUGGAGGACAGAGAGAGGGGGGAGAGGGAGCACAGGGCCCAGAGCCAAGCCCCAGGAUCCCAGGCCACAUACACCUGGCAGGGCUCACUGAACCUAACCGAUAUAGGGAGCCUCCAUAGGGAGGAAGACGGGGAGGAAGAGUUGACCCCUAAAGCAGAGAGCAGCCCCCUGUCCAUGAGGGCCUUCCCUGCCCUGACCGACCAGGAUGAGGAGUCACCCCCCCGGCUGAGGAGGCUGGGGGGAGAUGUGACACCUCCUGGUGGCGAGGGACAGAACAGCUCCUCCCUCAACCCCUUUGAGGAGGAAGACUCCACCCCUGUGGAGGAUCCUUCCAAUCCGUUCUUCGAGGAGAUCCAGAAGGAGCACAAGGAGGUGGCUAACGGGAAGAAGGAGUACAACCCGUUUGAGCAGGAAGAGGGUGGGGAGGAAGAGCAGGGGCAGGCCGAGGGCGCCACUGGCAACCCUUUCGAAGUGAAGGAGGAAAACAAUGAAGGUAACCCUUUUAAAGAGGCUGCUGGGUGUACCCCGCCGGGAGCCUCGACCAAUCCCUUCGAGGGGGAGGAUGAGGAGGUGAUGCCGGAUGUUGACGUGAUUGAGGAGGAAUUGCUGCUGCAGCAGAUCGAUAAUAUACGGGCGUACAUAUUUGAUGCCAAGCUCAACGGGAGGCUAGACGAGGUGGAGCUGCUGUCGGAGAACCUGAGAGAGCUGCAGCGCACGCUACAGGAACAGAAGAGCAAGACACACUGACAGACACCUCCUCCCUGUCUCUUUCUCUCAUAACCCCCAUACCAUCACCUGACGCUUACAACAGGGCUGCCCACCCAGGGCUAGAAGGCUACUCCUGAGACUACGGUAGUUCCCUUUAAAUGACCAAUGAUCUCGUUGAUACUAGGUUGUGUUAGGUGACGGAAUCACCCAGCGCCACCCUUGGUGAGUAGCCCUCCAGAGCCAGGGUCCAGAGGGUGCAUCUCGGUCUAUACUCCAAUAGCCUAUACUCCUUUCCUUCAUCUGCACUGAUGUGAAUAAACUGCACAUAAUAGCAUUAUUCCUUUGCCUAUCCUGAUCGACCUACCAAGUAAGUGCAGGUCAAGGAGAGGAGACAAGGAGAGGAAGCAUCUCCAGACUUGAGGCUCUCAGGUUUUGGCAGCCAAGCCACUAGAAGGAUGCCGACCACGAGAUGCAUUUAGAUUGCGUUUUGAUUUUCUCACUCUCGUACUUACUAAUAACACUCUCACUCUAUAAAGGUGUCUUUUAGGAGCCCAGGUUGGUUUUUAUUAUAUGUGUAUGGUAAGAAGAAGCACAAGGGCAGAGUAUCAUCACUUACAGACAGUUGUCUGUAGUCGGCCACUGGAGAGAGGAUUCAAGGGGUCAUAAGGGAGGUUAUUUGAGGCCAGACAUCGAUCUGUAGUCCUGCUACGCAAUAGAUAUCUUAUCUAGAAUCAGGGUUGCAUUCAAGAUCACAUGGUUUUGGAAAUGUAAUGGUCUUCUUGAACAAAAACAUUCACUCUAGGGUUGGGUGAUAUGAGACCUACGAUAUGCUACUCCAAAUACUGCGAUAGCCAAUAUAAUUGAUUUGCACGUUAAUGACUAGAUAAUUCAAGACUAUGCCAUUUUUGUCCUUAUAUUGGAUUUAAUCACAUCUGCCCAACAUUGGUUCACUCUGAAUAGUUUAAAAUGACAGCUGUGUCAUGAAAACAUGUCGUCUGCACACAAAUGCAGCCCUGAAUACUAAGCAUGUCUAACCUGUAACCGCUACAUACGGUCAGAUCUUCACAUACAUGUUUGUAGGGGAGUGGAAACUCAUUGCCGUUCGCACAUAAUCUUUUAUCUCGGUCUUCUGUCGUCCCUGGGGGUCAUGACCACUAGAAAGAAAAUGUUGAACAAAACAUGAGCGAAACCAACAAACAGUUUUUGAAAUCCUACUUUGCCUCCUUCAGUUUCUGUAAGCUGGUUUUGUGAGUGUCUGAAGCGGAGGAUAGAUGCAUUAGCUUUCAGUGUGUGUACAUCACAUCACUAGGAGGCACUUCAGCAGUGGUCCAAAGUAGGCUUUCAAAGCUGAUAUUGUCCUAGUCUCUCUCAUUCUGUUUCUCUAACCUGUCCUAGUUCUCCAACUGUUCUCUCUUAGUGCACUAUGAGGGUCAGAAUCUGUCCUGCUCUGAACAAAUCUAAAGCUCUUUACAGGGUAAAAUAAACAUCCUAUUUACUUUCUCUUAUGCCAAGCCUGCUUCAGAAUAUUGGCCUUUGUCAUCCUUAUCCAAUAGCUGUCUAGUCUUGUAACUUCAGUCUGUAUUUAGUGUAUUUAUGCAACUGAUUCAGCCAAGUCCUUCUUGGCAUCACUUAAACCAUUAACUCAGAACACCAAUGUUGCAGUGGAGAUGUUUAGGUCUGAGGCACAGAAUAGGUUAAUUUACCCAGAGUGCUCUGCUUGGCACAUAUCUGUCACAUCAUCAGCCUGCUCUGUAUCCAUAAGGUUGUGGCAAAACUUUAGGAUGUAAGAUUGUCUUUUAUCCCAUCUUGAUUAAUCUCUUAAAGAUAAUUUACCUAUGACAAUAGAUUAACACUAAACCUAUUCCACGCUACCAAGUAUUAUCAUUUAUACUGUUGGCAAACUCCUGUGUCACCUGUUGAAUAAGUACUUUGAUGUAUCCAAGUACUGGUUCGCUUGCCUUGCAGAGUAUACAAUAGUACUUGUCAUUUUGAUGAACUAAAGCAGUAUUGUGUUCGCUGUAAUCGAUCAUGCACCACUAACUCAGCUGUGUUGCAUCUAAACCAGACAUAAAUAAUGUAUUUGUGGCAAAUGUGAAUGACUUGUCGAUUACCUUUUUGGUAAUGUUGCCUGUUUGCCUUUUGUUAUCGUAGAAGGUUUCGUCACGCAACACUAAUUAAAGACAUGACCUAUGUGAACAAUAGGAAGUGGCCUUUUCAUUCACCCAUGCCAUCGACACUAGAUGUGAUAGUGUGUUGCAAAGAUUAUAUACUUUCAACUUCACGAAUCUAAGGAGCAGAUUCUAGUUCACCGAUCUCCAAAUUAUCAUUGUUUACAACAGCUGGCAAUGAAACUAAAUCCUGUCUGGUUUCCUUUAUUGUACAGAAAAACAUCCA